ACUUGUGUUUCUUGACGUGGACCAGAACUGUUGGCCUUGAGCUCUUCGGUUCCCGGUCGACAGUAUGUUGCAGCUCUCGUAGAGAUCGCCCCUCCGCUUAAGAUGGCAGGCGUCCAUCAGCAGAUGGGAGGACCGUGUAAAACAGAUGCAAGCAAUAUUAAGAUCGGAGGGGGGCAGCGCGGCACGAACUGAGGACAGGGACUAUAUCGAGCCAGAGCCACAUCUUCUGUGGACUGUCGAUGAAUUCUAUAAAUGGUCGCUCUAUAGAGCUGCCAUCGCUGAGUUUAUUGCCACUCUACUCUUCGUGUACAUCGGCGUUUCUGCUGCCAUUGGAAAUGGCCGUACCAGCCCCGAUGGAGUCGGAGCUCUCGGCGUUGCAUGGUCUUUCGGACCUACCAUAUUUGUGCUUGUCUACUGCACAGCUGGUGUUUCAGGAGGACACAUUAACCCCGCAGUUACUUUGGGACUUCUUCUGGGUAGGAAGCUUUCAGUUCCUCGGGCUUUCAUCUACAUGAUUGCCCAGAUGGCGGGGGGUAUUUGUGGAGCAGGACUCGUGAAGGAUUGCAGAAAACUCCAUUCCAGGUGUUGGGCGGCGCGACGAAUACGGUCAGUGCAGAUUUCAGCAUCGGCACAGGUCUGGCAGCAGAAAUCAUCGGAACUUUCUUCCUGGUUUACGUGGUCUACUCUGCCACUGAUGCUACGCGCAAGGCCAGGGACUCGUAUGUGCCGGUGCUAGCCCCAUUGCCCAUCGGGCUUGCAGUUUUCGUUGUCCACCUCGCGACCAUUCCCAUCACUGGCUGUGGAAUCAACCCUGCACGAAGCUUCGGCCCGGCUGCUCUCUGGAACGACCAGCAAGCUUGGGAUGACCAGUGGAUCUUCUGGGUCGGUCCCUUCAUCGGAGCUACCUUGGCUGCCGCCUAUCACCAGUUCGUCAUCCGCACUUUGCCGCUAGGAUCACACUUCCUGUUCCCGACCAUGUCCGGCUCCAUGAGCAUUUCAGGAAGAAAACUUGAAACCAAGCUUUCAGGGUGAGGACGAAAAUACCAAGGACACUAAAUCUGCUGACAACAAAAUGUGAAGCUCAGGCUCGAGUACAUAUACUGAUCUGCAGCUGCACGUACCACUCUACUGUAAAUAACAACGAAGAGGUUCUUAUACACAGCCGGAGAGAAACCACGCCCUGAAGGUUCAGCAUCAACAAGGGUAAAACCUGAAAUCAUCUAUUUGCAGAGGACUAGGAUUACCCCCCGCAAUUGCGGAUGGUAAUCCUAGUAGUAAUCCGUCGCACAAAAAUAUGACCACUGGAGAAGCAGCUUUCAUGCCCAGGUUCUAGCAUUGUGUUCUCUCUCGGCUGAUUGCCCCGAAAAGGUAUUGACUGCGUUUGCCUCGGGUCGCAAGUGGGUUUCUAUACGACACUCGAAAGGGAAACUUGAUGCACAGAGGGCAAGAACACAUUGUGAAUCACGCCGACAAACCUACUGCCGUACAUCUCUUUCAUUAGUAAGAGCUUUGAUUAGAAAGAAGAAUUAGCUAAAUUCAGUAAACGUGGCAUGAACUUCCGUUGAGAGGCAGUUGAAGCAAUCUUCGAUCGCAUUGCCUCAAGUUGUGCAGUGGGUUAGAUCCAGUAAAAUAGCUUUCUGAUGCUUACAUGGCAAAAACAAAAGGAUUUUAUUUACAUUUCAUGUCCAUCCCAGAAUUGAGUGAUACCAAAAUGUCAAGGUAGUUGAGUUUGUAACUGCUUAUAACGCAAUACAUUCAAAACAGUAGACUACAUUUGUU